UACAAAUAUUCCAAAAUGGCCGAUAAAUUAUUUUUUUAUAACAUUUUUACGAAAACAAAUGCUGUUUUUUGAUCUUUAAGACAAAAUUUUUAGAUCAAACUAUUAGAAAAUUAAAGUCAUUUGCAUUGUAAGUGAUCAAGUCCAAGUCAAGAAACUAAAAACACUACAUUAAAUAAAUAAUAAAGCCAUAUACUAUAUAAUUUACAUAAAUACCAUUAUGAAUCUGGAAGAUAAAGCUCAAGAGAAUCCUGAUCUAGCCCUCAACCUAAAUUCUCUGGGAGAUAAUUCAGAAGAGUUCUAUGUUUCAUCAGAAGGAGAGUAUGAGUAUGAGAGUGAGGAAGAGGAUGAUGAUGUCUCUAUUACUAAUUCUGGCAUACUACAUGAUCAAAGUAAACCUAAGACAAUAAUUAAGCCUACUUCUAAUGCAAUGGGUGGAACGUUGGUUCCUUAUGAGGAAGAAGAGGAAAUUGGAAGCGAUGAAGAAAAGGAUUUAUUAAGAAAUAUCAAAGAUGAAAUUGAACAGAAAGUUCGAGAAGAAAUGAAGAGUGAAUUGGAGAUGUAUAAAGAGAAAUUGAAAGCAAUAGAAAAUGGAGAAAUUUUAAACAAAGAUGAAAAUAAGACCGAUGAUGAUUUAAAAGAUUUGGAUCCUAAGAUUAGAGAUGGGUUAUUAAAGAUGAGAAAAUUAGACAGAAUCUUAAACAAAAAGGUGAAACGUGAGAAGGAAGUGAAAAGGGAAAGGGUUCUCUUGGAGAGGAGAAUGAGAGAAGAGAUUACAGAGUUGAAAUCAGGAGGAAAUCGUGAACACAAAGAAGUCAAGUCUAACACUGAUAAAUAUUUAUUAUUAGCUCUUCCACCGAGUCAUAAUGAAGGAGUAAUAGUGGAUGAACCAGAAGUAACACCAGUAUUUCAAACUCAGAUUGACGAAUCAGAUUUGACCAAACAAAACAAUGAGCAGGAUAAGAGUACAACACCAGAAAACGACGCUGGCGAGUCAGUCAGUGGUGAUAAAAAGAAAAAGAAGAAGAAGAAAAAGGAUUUUAUUAAAAGGAAUAAAGAGUUAGCAGGUCAGGCUGAAGAAAGUAUCGCAAUGACUGAGGAGGAAAGGAAAAGAGUAGCAGAUUUAUUGACAGAUAUAGAAACAUUACCGGAGGAAGUUGACUUGGAUGAUUCUAGUAUUAUUAUGACUGAAGAGAAUCCAUAUCAGAUUACAGUUCACUGUGGAGAUUUCCUACAGAGUAAUAUUGAACUGCGUUCACUAGCUAAUAUUGACAGUCAGUUGAAACACAUUCUACCAAGUGAUGAAUAUGACUCAUUGGUUUAUACACCAGUCACACAGUCAAGAUUAUUCACAAGAGUUGAUGUAAAAUCGUCUGUGUUAGAUUUUGAAAAAUAUGGAGAACGAAGUUUGAUUGAAACAAAGGAGCAACGUGAAAUGAAAGAGAAAUUAAAACAUAUUGAAGAUGAAUUAGCAGCAUUUCAUAACCCCAGAGAAAUGAAGUUGGAGUCACCAAGUUUAACAGGAGACCAACUGAAUAAAUUAUUAGAUCAGUGUGUUCGAUCAAUGUCAAGGUCGUCCUGUGUGACUGACAAUUACACCCUGCCAGAUACCACACCUCAAUCCGAACAAACAACAUCACGGUCUAGUAUCUAUGACAACCCUCCUGUUUUAUCACAUGAUGUUCUCCAGAAGCUACUGUCUGAGGCUUAUUGUCCAAUUAGCACCAAGCUUUCAUCAGUAGCAGAAUCUGAGGAAUAUGCUACUAAUUCAGAUGGAGAACUGGAGCCGAUAUUAGCAGAAACAUGGAAACUUGUAGCUGAGGCUGAGAUUGAUGAUGACAAGGAUAUUGGAAAAUUGACAUUUGAUGGAAAGUUGACAGAAGACACAAACUGUGACAAUUCUAAACCAACUAAUCAGUAUAGCCAGAAUAUCUAUUCUGCAUCCAAGGACAGUUAUAAACCCGAAUAUACAAAAAAACGUCCAUUUUUACCUGAAAUUAAUAAAAGUCCAUUUCUGAUCUCCCAGGGAUUGAAUAAUGAAUCACAAUCAUCGAACCGUCUAAAGAAUUCAUCUGAACAUUCGUCAAUAGAAAUCAUAUGUAAUAGUUUAAAAGACUCCAGUAUUGUAUUAGAAUCAUUCUCUGAGUGUGGCAGUGAAUCUGGGGACUUAACUCCUACCCCAGGUGCUUGUGAUUCGAGAGACAUUAAUCCUGUACCCCGACCUCCGUCUGUGGACAGACCAUCAUCCAGUCAAAGUUUUCGUUCUUUACGCACUCUGACCCCAAGUUAAGACUUCAAUAAAUUCAAGGAAUGUUGUGUAAAAUUUUAUUUAUAUUGGUGCAAAUAUUUUGUGAUAUACUUUUAUUUAAGUGUUAUAAAUAUGUUCUACGGGC